AUGCCCCUUCGGCCAAGCCAUGCGGGCUUUCGUGCGGUUUGUGCGAGUGCAAACGCCGUUGACUGUGUUAGGAACGAGCGAAACGCAGAUCCGACAAUGCAGGCCACCAUGCAGACCUUCAGCCAGACGAUGGCGGCCAGGCCAUGCUGCCGCCCCUUCUCGGCCGCCGCCGCCGGCAGCCGCCGCCCCAUGGGGGUGGUCGCGGGCCUGGCCACCGAGAAGGAGAACCCUUUCGCGGAGGAGCUGAAGGCAACCGCCAAGUACAUCUCGCAGCGCGGCCGCGGCAUCCUCGCCAGCGACGAGUCCAAUGCCACCACUGGCAAGCGGCUGGAGAGCGUGGAAGUGGAGAACACAGAGGAGAACCGGCGCGACUGGCGCCAGCUGCUGUACACCGCCCCCGGGCUUGGCCAGUACAUCUCUGGUGCCAUCAUGUUUGAGGAGACUCUCUACCAGAAGGGGCGGGAUGGCACCCAGUUUGUGGACGUGCUCAAGGCCCAGGGCAUCCUGCCCGGCAUCAAGGUUGACACCGGCCUGCAGGUGCUGCCCGGCACCGACGGCGAGACGUCCACACAAGGGCUGGACAACCUGGGCGCCCGCUGCGAGGCGUAUUACAAGCAGGGAGCCCGCUUCGCCAAGUGGCGCGCUGUGCUGAAGAUUUCAGAGGGCGAGGGCCCCUCCAGCCAGGCCAUCCUGGAGAACGCGCACGGCCUGGCCCGCUACGCCCAGAUCGCCCAGCACAACGGGCUGGUGCCCAUUGUGGAGCCUGAGGUGACGCUGGGCCCCGGUGCUUACAGCGUUGAGGAGACGGCCUACUGGAGUGAGCGGGUGUACAGCCACGUGAUGCGGCUGCUGAAUGAGUAUGACGUGAUGCUGGAGGGAAUCCUGCUGAAGCCCAACAUGUGCCUGCCCGGCCUUGACGCGCCCCCCGCUUCCCCCGCCGAGGUCGCCAAGUACACGACGCGCACCAUGCUGCGCACCAUCCCCGCCGCCGUCCCCGGCAUCCAUUUCCUGUCUGGCGGCAUGAGCGAGGAGGAAAGCACGCUGAACCUGCAGGCGCUGCAGGAGGCCUGCCCCAACGCGCCCUGGAGCCUCACCUUCAGCUACGGCCGCGCGCUGCAGUCCGCCACGCUCAAGGCGUGGGCCGGCAAGGAGGAGAACUGGGACAAGGCGCAGGCGAUCCUGACGGCGCUUGCCAAGGCCAACUCGGAGGCGCAGCUGGGCAAGUUCAAGGGCCCGCACCCCGUCCCGGGCGGCGGCCGCAUUCUGCAGGCGCUGCGCUUUGGUGGCGCUGGCAAGCGAAGCCCCCAGAAAGCUGGCGCUUGUUUAACACUAUGGAAUGAAGUUCCUGAGGAGAAUUGGCCAUUGCUCCUCAAAAUAAUGGCGACGCCAGCCAGGGGGGCUGGCAACGCGCUGGCGAUGACGCCCCGCCGCCUGCCCUCAUUUAGCCAGCUCUGGCUGGCGAUGGGCCAGCCAGAGCCGUUUUUUUGCGAUGGGCCAGCCAGAGCCGUUUUUGGGCCCGAAUUCGCCAGCAUUUGGCGAAUUCGCUGCAGCUCGAGGCAGGGUGCCACCGCCAGGUGGCGGCCGGCCAACAGGGCUUUUGGAAUCAUGGAAUCUAUUGUCGCGGGCUUUUUAGAGCGUUUGUUAUUCCUGCAACUCCCUGGAGGUCGUUAUUGAAGCUUGCAGGACGCCAGCAAGCGUUUGAGCAAAACCUCGCCCGUUCAGGUCGCGGACCUCCUCUUGAGCACCGCAGGCCAGGGAAGCAUGCCAGCCACUCCAGAGGAGCAUGCUGGGACGGAUGCCGCGCCCAACGGAACGAGCGCCACCGCCCCUGCCGCCGCCAACGAGGCCGCCGCCAUAGAUGAGGACGCCCUGGAGCGGAAGGUGUCCCAGUUCAAUUCCGUCCACUCAGGGCUGGAGGUGGACCAUGCCGGCGACGAGAGCCUGGAGAAGGUGUCAUCCAAGAAGCUCGCAAAGGAUGCAUUUGAUGUGGAGAACCUGGGCGAUGAGCUGCGCGCGCUGAGCGAGCGGCACAGCGUUGAGGAGGUUAGGGUGCUGUCCCGCCUCAUGUCGGCCGACCACAACCUCGCGCCGCCCAAGCCCCCCGCGACAUGCAACCCACUGCUGCUGGCCUGGCGGUGGUGGGUCGCCUUCCUGCUGCCGGGCAUGGGCAUGUUCAGCGAAGCCUACUUCAUUUUCGCGAUCGGCAACAUUGAGCCGCUGCUGGCCAUCCAGUAUCCCAACUGCUUUGGCGACGAGGAGCCUCCCGAUUGCAACCAGACCACAGAGAACAACAUUCAGAAUAUCGAGAUCAGCGCCAUCAUCGUGGGCAUGCUGACGUUUGGGUUCAUUGCCGACGUCAUCGGCCGCAAGUGGGGCAGCAGGUUCACAAUGGCCAUCAUGUUUGUGGGGGCCUGCCUGCUGACUGGCGCCUACGGGCCCAAUGCCCAGGUCUUCCUCUCCGUCUUCUGCUUCUCCCUCUUCUUCUACGCCUGUGGUGUGGGUGGCGAGUACCCACUUUCCUCCAGCUCGGCGGCAGAGCGGGCUGAGGCAGAUCCGGAGCUGCGGCACCGCCGCGGCGAGGUCAUCCUGCUGCUGCUGGCCAUGCUGGGGGCAACAGAAACAGUGAGCGCCCACGACGCUGAGCUGACGUGGCGGCUGCAGUUUGGCGUGGGCGCCGUCAUCUGCUUCGUCGUAACCGCGUACCGCUGGCUGUACCUCGAGGAGUCUGAGGUGUGGAAGGCGGAGCACGAGAGCGUGCAGAAGGAGCUGGUUGAGGAGCAAGACGAGGCAGCGCUGGCAGGCAAGCGGUCGUGGCGGGAACACCUGGUUAUCUUCAAGUUCUACUGGCCCCGCCUCUUCAUCACAUGCAUGGGCUGGGUGGCUGACGACUUUGCGUUUUACGGGAACAAGCUGUUCCAGUCCCAGUUCAUCGCAGUCAUCUCUCCCGGCGCCUCGCGCUUCGUAUCCAUGCAGUGGACUCUGCUCAAUUCAGGCGUAUCCCUGUGUGGUUACUAUGCUGCCGCCUACACGAUUGAUAAGAAGUGGAUGGGGCGCAAGCGGCUGCAGGCUAUGGGGUUCCUGAUGAUGUUUUUUCUGUUCAUUGCCUGCGGCAUCUUCUACAACCAACUCCUCGACAACGCCAUCCAGGUGUUUCAGACCCUCUACUUCCUGUCUUCCUUCUUCAACCAGUUUGGCCCCAACUGCACCUCCUUCCUUGUGGCGGGCGAGGUGUACCCCACAGACGUGCGCGCUUUCUUCCACGGCAUCUCGGCCUCCGCCGGCAAGCUGGGCGCCAUCCUGGCCGCCUCGGUCUUCUCUAACGUCUCCACCGUGGCCACCUUCUACGCCUCAGCGGGCGCCGGCAUCGUCGGCGCCGUCAUCACCUGGGUCUUCCUGCCAGACACCACCGGCCUGGAGCUGGCUGAGAUUGACCGGCUGCACCGCUACAUGCUGGCGGGGCAGAUUCAAAACUACCACGGCCCCGCCACCAACCCCAAGCACCUGUCUCUGUACGAGCGCUGGCGCGGUUACGGCGAGUACUACAAUCCCAGGGAGGACGCUCUGCAGCACAGGCUGCAGGAGCUGGCCAAGAACCACUGAGAGCAUGAUCGAACCGGCAACGGGCGUUGCCGAUGGAUGACGCCCGCCUGGCGCCGCCACCCUGGCUCCACCCAGGCCGCGCUCUGGGAAUGUUGCAAUACAUGCUGCGCCUCCCUCACGCUCAUUUUCCAGCAACAUUCGAUAUUUUCUCUAUUUAUGAUUGGGUGUGCUUGUAGCCCGGGGUGCGG